UUUUUUUUUUUGUUCUCGCUCUCUCCCUCUCCUCUUUAUUUUUUUUUUUUAUUUUUAUUUCCUUUUCCUUUUUCUUCCUCUUAAGAGAAAAACAUGGAAGUACGUUCAAAGACAAUGCAAACAGAACAACAAAAACAAGAUGAAGAAAAUACACGUUUAUUAAAUGAACUUCACCAAAAUGAGAAAGCUUUGAAUGAUUCUAUACGUGAUCAAUUGGAAAAGGCUCGAAAAACUAAAGCAACCAUGGAAGCUGAUUUGGAGUCUCGUGCUCAAGAAAUCAAACUUACUCUUGGAAAUUUACAAACUAACGAAUCUGAUAAUGAAUUGACUCGUAUCUUAUCUAUUAACGAUGAAGAAAUACUCAAAACUGAAAUACAGAAAUUAUUUACUCAAUGUCGUCAACAACAAUCUCGUAUUAAAAAAUUGGAAUUCGAUGUAGAAAUGGAACAAGGUCACGUCAAUAUCUUACGCCAUGACAAUCAAACGUUGAAACAGCUGACUGUUAAUAUGACUCAAUUGGCAGAACAAGAAGAAGAAUAUAUCUCCAACAAAUUAUUGAAACGUAUUACUGGACUCAAGAAAGAAAAAAGUGAAUUAUUAUUACAAGUGGAACAAGAAGAAGAAUAUAUGACAAAUAUGUUACAAAAGAAACUCAAUCGUUUACAAAAAGAAAAAAUUGAUAUGGAAAAUGCUUUGGAACAAGAACAAGAAUUCAUUGUUAACAAGUUACAAAAACAAUUGGAUGCACUUAAAUCUCAACAACCCAAAUCUACAGCUUCUUCACCAAGAACUAUUCUUCAAGAUGCUACUGGCAAUUCUAUCUCAACAACUCCUGGUGCUAGUCCUGCUCUUCCAACUCAUCCAUCUCCUUCUCUUAGUGCCAAGAAAUGGAAUACAAAUAGUGGUAACUCAUCCGGUUAUAAUGAUCCAUCUUCAAGUAUGAUUGAAAUGUUAUUGGCAGAAGUAGCUAGUUUGAAAAGUAAAACAAGUGAAAUGGAAAAAGAAUUUCUUCAUAAAACUCAACAAUGUAACAAGUAUAAGGUUGAAUUGGUUCAAUUCCGUAAACAAAACAAUAUGCCUAUUGAUGAUAUCCCAUUGGAUGAAGGAAUACCCGCAGUAUUUCGAUCUAUUCCACCUUCACCUGGUAGACAAGUUAGAGCUAAACGUUCAACAUCUACAUCAUCACAACGAUCUGUUACCUCGGAAAAAACUGGAAGUCAAUAUGGUUCUAUUCCUCCUUUACAAUUGGAUAGUAACUGUGUAUCAUCGUCAUCACCUUCACCUCAUCAUCAACAUGAUUAUUCUUCAACUCAUUCUACCGUUGGUCCUCAAUCUAUUCCAACAUCAGGAACUCCAAGGUCAAGAUCAAGUAAGUUUUCUUAUCAAUUGUUUAUUUAUGUACCAAAUAAUACUAAAAUAAUGUUUUUUUUUUUUGUUUGAUCUAUCCAAUAGAUUCUAUUAGUUCCUCAGCCUCUGGUAGCUUGUCAAAACGUGAUACAACUUUAAGAAGAAUCUCAGGAACCAUGUUUGGAUUGAAUUCACCACCUCAACAACAUCCUCCUCAUCCUUAGUGUUUAGUUUAUUUUUGUUAUAUCAAUACUGCAAAAAAAAAAAAAAGAUAAAGAAAAUGUCAAUUGAUUUUCAAUUGAUUUUCCCAAAA